GAGAAAAUUAUUCCGUAAUGAUUUCUUCGAUGGCACCACCGCCGAAUCUCCCGAUAUCGCACUCGGGCAGUUGAUAAACGUUAUUUGGGCGAGAACGGGUCAAACAAAAUAUCAGUUCCGCGAGAAACAAGAAGGAAAGGCAACGAGACGCACGCACGCACCCCAUCUGAACGGAGAGAGAGAGGGUCAAGGUCGCGAGGUCAAGGUGCGACGAGAUGAAAACGAAGAACAGAUCGUUGUUUAGCAAGAUAUGCACGUGCUGCAACAAGAAAGCGACGUCGCGGAAGCACCAGAGCGGAGAUAUUCGUUCGAGCACGACCGAUGCUGAGAUACGAGAUGCCUGCAAGGACCUCGUCCUGUCUGACGAGCAGCUCAGGCUGGUUAUGCAAAAGCUCACCGACGAAAUCAACAGAGGCCUGUCCAGGGAAACUCAUGAAGAUGCGAUCGUCAAGUGUUUUACCACGUACGUGCAGGAUCUGCCGAACGGCACCGAAAAGGGCAACUUUUUGGCGCUAGACCUGGGUGGCACGAAUUUCCGAGUGCUACUGAUCACAUUGGACGGUCAAAACUUUGAUAUGAAGAGCAAGAUUUAUGCGAUACCUCAGAGCUUGAUGUUGGGCACGGGGGUUCAACUAUUCGAUCACAUCGCGCAAUGUUUGGCCUUGUUCGUGAAUGACCUAAAGCUGCAGAACGAGGUGUUGCCGUUGGGCUUCACUUUCAGCUUUCCUCUCACCCAGUACGGGCUCACAAGGGGUAAUCUAGUGAGAUGGACCAAGGGAUUCAACUGCAGCGGCGUGAUCGGCGAGAACGUGGUCGCGCUUCUUGAAGAAGCGAUUGGCAGAAGAAACGACGUCAAGAUCGACGUGUGCGCAAUCCUGAAUGACACCACCGGCACCCUAAUGUCGUGUGCUUGGAAAAAUCAAAACUGUCGGAUCGGUUUAAUCGUUGGUACCGGUAGUAAUGCUUGCUAUGUCGAGAAAACAAGGAAUGCGCAAUGCGCGAUCCCGAGCAAUUACGCCGCGCACAAGCCGGACAUGCUGAUCAACACGGAGUGGGGUGCUUUCGGCGAAAAUGGCGUGCUGGAUUUCGUGACGACCGAGUUUGACCGGGCCAUCGACGAGAACUCCAUCAAUCCCACGAAGCAGUUGUUUGAAAAAAUGAUCUCCGGUAUGUACAUGGGCGAACUGACGAGACUGGUGCUCGAGAAGCUCGUCAACGCCGGUCUCCUGUUUGGCGGCAAGUGUCCCAGUGACCUGAGGAAACGUGGCAAGUUUUUCACGAAAUACAUCUCAGAAAUCGAAAACGACCCCAAGGGCAAGUAUACGAAUUGCCGCGAUGUGUUGGCCGAAUUGGGAUUGCGGAACGUGAGCGACCAAGACUGCGAGAACGUAAGGUACGUGUGUUCCGUGGUGUCGAGGCGAGCGGCACACUUGGUGAGCGCGGGGAUCGCGGCACUCCUCAAUAAAAUGGGCGAGAACGACGUGACGGUGGGCAUCGACGGCUCGGUGUAUCGCUAUCAUCCACACUUUCACGAUCUUAUGGUGGCUAAGAUCGGUGAACUUCAAAACUACAAGUUUGACCUGAUGCUCUCGGAAGACGGCAGCGGCCGUGGUGCAGCACUCGUCGCCGCGGUGGCGUCGCAGAACCGGUGAAGGCGCUUCUGAUUGAUAGAGCAAGAUAGCCCCAAUUCAAUUACACGCAACAGAAAAACAAAUAAACAGCAGUGGACGGACGGCAGUGGGUGCGGUGCCAGUGAACUCUAUCUUAAUUGUGGAACACGCGCUAUUAGUGUUCUCUCGGAUGACUCGACCCAAGGGACACAGCCAAUUGUGGUAUCUCCAUUUCUUUCGAAUAUACUCUGUUCUCUUUUCUAUGGGCUUUGUUAUUUUAUGGAGAACACUAAGAUGUAAAAUUCGUUAUUUUACGGGUAACACAAAGUCGUCACGAGGUUCGAUAAUGUACAUUACCUGCUCUAGGACAGAGUUCACUGGAGAAAGUCGAUCGAGCGCGCGCAAGUGACGAGCAAUGGAGCGAGUGUGAGCCAACGAGUGAAAGCGAGAGAAUGAGUGUGAAAAAAUUAAAAGUCUCCUGUCUGUUCCAGCUGUAUUUUCCGCUUUUUGUUUCUCUCUCCUUCUGUCCUUUAUCUCUGUUCUUCUUAAUUACUCUAAAGCAUGAAUGGCCCAAUAAAAGAGAAGAGAGAAAGAACAUUCGAGAAGAGUGUUCCGAGCGUGUGUGUGUCCGUCUGUCUGUUAUAAAACAGAUAUUAAGACAACAAAUAUAUACAGGGAAUUCUUUGCAAUUGUUUUUUAUGUCAAUAAUAAAAUCAAUCUCUCGAACGUGUCAAUGCACAAUGCUUGAAAUUAUUACAACCAACCUAACACGCAAUCACACGCAAUCUCACACACACACACACACACACACACACGUAGGACACUGUAUAUAAUUUGGUUCUACCAGCGAAAAGAGCAAAAGCAAAAGGGCAUCCAACGAAAAUGUUUGGGAAACAGUUGUCUUUCUCUGUACUGUGCUCUGAUGCCAAACUAAAAGCACCUCUGUAUGAUCUAUCUAGUUAUAAGACGAAAAAUAAAGGGAAAAUGCAGUUGGAAUAAACAUCUAGACUGCCCCGCGAGGAAUAACUUGUACAUAGAGCACAAAAAAAACUAACUUAGCGGACUAGAGGACGAUGAAUACUUAGUAAAUGUUCCUGCGAAAAGGCAACAAGUCAAAGAGGACAUAGACAUCCUUUUGGUUGUCGAAUACAAUAAUCAUCGAUUAGCGAUCGCAAUUUGUUCAUAAAUUCUGCCUAUCUACUUAUCAUAGAACUAUCAAUGGACUUGGAAGAAAUAUGAUCAUGUGAAUUGUACGUAUAGAAUUAUUGGAUUGUGUGCUAGGAAAAUGACCCCGGAUGUAUCGAUUGGAGAGUCACUGUGUAGAUAAUCAUUAUUUUCAUCCAGUUAAUAAAUGUGUAAAGAGUUAAAGAACGACAGGUUGUCGAGAA